AUGGGGGGCAAGAAAGAAUCCAAGGCCAUCUACUUCGAGAAGCUUGAGGCUCUCCUCAAGGAGUACAAGUCCAUCUUCAUCGUCACCGUCGACAAUGUCUCUUCGCAGCAGAUGCACGAGAUCCGUCAAUCCCUCCGCGGUGAGGGUGUCGUUCUCAUGGGAAAGAACACCAUGGUCCGCCGUGCUUUGAAGGGUCUCAUCAACGACUCUCCCGAGUACGAGCGACUUCUUCCCUUCGUCAAGGGCAACGUCGGCUUCGUCUUCACCAACUCUGAUCUCAAGGAGAUCCGUGACAAGAUUCUCGCCAACCGUGUCGCCGCCCCUGCCCGUGCUGGUGCACUCGCUCCCGGCGAUGUGUAUGUCCCAGCCGGAAACACUGGUAUGGAACCCGGAAAGACUUCUUUCUUCCAGGCUCUCGGUGUUCCCACCAAGAUUGCCCGUGGUACCAUUGAAAUUACCUCCGACUUGAAGCUCAUUGAGGCCGGUAACAAGGUCGGUGCCUCUGAGGCUACCCUCCUCAACUUGUUGGGAAUUUCUCCCUUCACCUAUGGUAUGGGUAUCUACCAGAUCUACGACAACGGUCAGACCUUCGCGCCCAGCGUUUUGGACAUUGAGGAGUCCCAGCUGCUCAAGGCUUUCUCGUCGGCCAUCGCCACCAUUGCCAGCAUCUCGCUCGCCACCAACUUCCCGACCCUGCCUUCCGUCAUGCACUCGGUCGUCAACUCAUACAAGAACGUCCUCUCUGUUGCCAUUGAGACCGACUACGAGUGGGAGGAGAUUGCUGAGCUCAAGGACCGCAUUGCCAACCCCGACAAGUAUGCUUCUGCUGGUCCUGCCGCUGGUGCUGCCGCCAGCGGUGGUGCCGCCCCUGCUGCCAAGGAGGAGGCUAAGGAAGAGGCCAAGGAGGAGUCUGAUGAGGAUGAGGACAUGGGCUUCGGUCUGUUCGAUUAG